UAUAUAAAUUUAAAAAAUCUUGUGAAUUCAAGCUUAACAAUGAGGACUAGAUCCUUUGUGUAUCAUAUAUUGAUUGUGUUCAGUUGGUCGUUGAUGGUGUUUUGGCAAACGACCUAUAUACAGGGUGUGGCUGCGGGUGGUUCAACCUCUUCUGCUUCUAGUUCGGUUAAUAAUGUUGAAACCGAAGAUCCCGAAUUUACCGAUGUCAUAGAUAAUAUAACAGUACCUGCUGGUAGAAAUAUUAAAUUAGCCUGCUCUGUAAAAAAUCUCGGUUCUUACAAAGUGGCGUGGAUGCAUUUCGAACAGAGUGCCAUUCUGACGGUCCACAAUCAUGUAAUUACCCGUAAUCCCCGCAUUAGUGUUACACAUGACAAACAUGACAAGCAUCGUACAUGGUUUCUGCACAUCAAUAAUGUCCAAGAGGAAGAUCGAGGCCGUUAUAUGUGUCAAAUAAAUACGGUGACAGCUAAAACACAAUAUGGUUUUGUUAAAGUUGUUGUUCCGCCAAAUAUUGAUGAUUCGUUGACCUCCAGCGAUGUCAUUGUACGAGAGGGAGACAAUGUUACAUUAAGAUGUAAAGCGAAAGGAAGUCCGGAGCCCUCGAUACGUUGGAAAAGAGAUGAUGGCCUAAGAAUUGUUGUAAAUAAGUCAUUGGAUGUGCCCGAAGUGGAAGGUGAUACUUUGGAAUUGGAACGUAUUUCACGUUUACAUAUGGGCGCCUAUUUGUGCAUAGCCACCAAUGGUGUGCCACCCAGUGUCUCAAAACGUAUAAAAGUCAGUGUGGACUUUUCUCCCAUGGUAUCAAUACCCCAUCAGUUGGUGGGCAUACCCAUGUAUUUCAAUGUAACCUUAGAGUGUUUUAUUGAAGCCAAUCCAACGUCACUUAACUACUGGACUAGAGAGAAUGAACAAAUGAUAACAGAUUCAGUGAAAUACAAAACUGAAACAAUAGCCGGUAAUCCUUCAUAUAAGGCAACAAUGCGUUUACACAUAACGAAUGUACAAAAAAGUGAUUAUGGCAGCUACAAGUGUGUCGCCAAAAAUCCUCGUGGUGAAAUGGAUGGAACCAUAAAACUUUAUAUGUCAAGUCCCCCAACAACAAUACCGCCUCCCACAACCACUACAUUGGCAACCACAACAACAACAUUCUGGAAUGAAUUGGAUAUGGAUUUCAAUGGCAUUGAGCCAACAAACUCCAUAAUUGUUAUCGAUAAAUUGGGCAUUAAAUAUCAAUCAAAUUUAAAUGAAAUUGGCAAAUCAGAACAAAAGCUUAUGGGUGAUACACCAAAGGGUUAUGAUUGGUCAAAGGAUAAACAAGCAUCAGCUGCAGCUACAUUUAAGCCUCUACUGCUGUGUCAUCGUGUCUGGAACUAUGAGUGUUUGGCUUUAAUUUUAAUGCUGAGGUUUGUAUGGUUGAAAUUUUGGAAUUUAAAGGAAACGUAAAAGUUUAAAGAAACAAUUUACAUAACAUAAUCGCUUAAGUAAGCUACUUAUAUUCAAAAAUUAAGUUUAAGACUAAAUAAAAUUAUUAUACAAUAGUUAAAGUAUGAAACUUAAAUAUAAACGAGAUAUAAAGAGCUUUUGUUUUUAUUAAAUGUUGUUAAAUGUAAGACGGUAAAAUUGUAUGAAAUUUAUAAUAAAUUAUACAAAAAUAAAUAAGAAGAAAAUUAAAGAAAAAUAAACAAAUGAAGAAA